CUACUGACGGUUGGGAUAUUGGCGUAUAUCAUUAUCCAUCCUGUGAAGCCCAAAAGAGUUCUUGUAUUUUUUCAGACAAAAAGGUUGAAGCUCAAGCCCAUACUGAUGCGUGAUAGCGGAAUCUCACGUAUCGUGGGCUUUUUAUUCAAGUUCUGUAAUGCACCACAUACUGAUUCAGGUCGGUGCAACAGAGUGUCUGUUGGGCUUUUUAUUCAAGUUCUGGGUUCUUCUACAUCAGUCCACCGUUCUACUUUCUCCUCCUUUUCGGCACUCUCUCUAAGCUCUCUCUGCAUAUCUCGCCGCUCCGGUAAGGACAAAGGCGUUUGCCGUUUCCAUUCCGACGAGAUUGAGGGCAGAACAGGCUCGUUUAAGCAGGUUCGUCUCUUCAUCUUCCUUUUGAUUUCCACAUGAAGUGUUCUUGUCUUCAAGUGCCUCAUGUUAAUGGAGCUUUUCUUGGAUUCCUGUCAAUUCGUCGUUGCUGUAGGGUUUCCCACCUUCCUCUUUUUUCUUUUUUUCUUUUUUUACCUUUUGUCCGGGCACCUCCUCGCUAUCAGUGGUCUGUCUCUCUUCCGGGGAUGAUGAAUUUAUGUUAAAUGUUGCAUCUUAGCUCCCACUUGCUCUUCCACUGGGCGUAUUGUUUGAAAUUAUGAAAGCAAUUGCCUGCAAAUGUGCGGUUGGUUAGAGAUAGGGGUUUAUUGUGAAUCAUUUCAAGUAGUCUGACUGAUGCCAGGUCUCGUAGUUUACUUGGUUGCCGAGAGGAAUCAUGCUGUCAGUUAUUAGGUCUGUCUGCUUUUGGAGAUGGGAAUUUCCUCUAUGUUGGAGAUUUAAAUUUCUGUGAAACAAAGCAAUGUUCCUGACUAUAAUUAGGGUGUCUAUGAAUGCUUGCAGAUUGACUGCUGUUGCAGAGUAAAAGCAAGCAGCCAUGGCCAAGCAUCAUCCUGAUUUGAUCAUGUGCAGGAAACAACCAGGCAUCGCCAUUGGACGACUCUGCGAGAAGUGUGAUGGCAAAUGCGUGAUCUGCGACUCCUACGUGCGCCCUUGCACGCUGGUGCGAGUUUGCGACGAGUGCAACUACGGAUCGUUCCAGGGUCGCUGUGUCAUCUGUGGAGGAGUAGGCAUAUCGGAUGCGUACUACUGCAAAGAGUGCACGCAGCAGGAGAAAGACCGAGACGGCUGUCCCAAGAUCGUGAAUUUGGGUAGUGCGAAAACCGACUUGUUCUAUGAGCGUAAGAAAUAUGGGUUCAAGAAGAGAUAAUGAGCAUCAGGAUUGAUAUGGUAUGGAAUUUGAUCUGAUCGACCUUUUUUACACUAGCAGUUGGUUGGCGGAUUGCUGUUUCGUGUAGUAGUCUUGCCUUGUCUGUAUGUGUGUCUUUAUUGAUAGGCAAUGUAAUCUUGAGGUGAGUUUGGGAUUCUUGUUGCAUUUUCUUUUCACCCUCUGAGAUAGCUUGAGUUUUGAAGUACAUGUUCUGGGUCACAUAAGCUACAACUUUGAAUGCAGUUGACCCGGGCGACGAGUCGGGCAGCUAUUGUUGAAUUGAUGUGGAUGCUCUUGUGUUGUUUGUGUACAAUUUCAUUCCUAUCGCCACUGCUUGGUAAUGUGCUUCACAAUUUCAUUCCAUUCCUUCCGCCUACUUGAAGGCAAUGCCUAUGGAAGCUCGUCAUGCAAUUAUUCUUAGAUCAUGGAUGUAUCAUGAGCAAAUAGAGAGCAGUCAGUCAUUCAAUCAAAUCGCCUCUGUUAA